CCCAGAUGAUUACCAUGAUGCAGCACAUGUGACAUGAAAUAUAGGACAGCCGAGCAGAGCUUGGAUGAGCCGCCUUGCUGAAAUCCCGAGAUGGAGUUGCUGCUGAUCUGCCUUUCCCUGUGGAUAUUGCAAUGCAAUUCGGCCAGAGCGGACUCCAUCAUACAUAUCGGUGCCAUAUUUGAGGAAAAUGCUGUGAGAGAUGACGAGAUUUUCCAACUUGCCAUCUCAGACCUGAGUCUGAAUGAUGACAUUCUGCAAAGCGAGAAAAUCACCCAUUCUGUGAAACUUAUUGAGCCUAACAACCCCUUCCAGGCUGUGCAGGAAGCAUGUGAGUUGAUGAACCAAGGGAUCCUCGCUUUGGUCACAUCCACGGGCUGCGCAGCCGCAAGUGCCCUGCAGUCUCUGACGGAUGCAAUGCACAUCCCCCAUCUCUUCAUCCAGAGGAACGGGGACGGUGCACCCCGCACUGCCUGCCAGCUCAACCCCAGCCCAGAUGGAGAGAGCUACACCCUGGCUGCUCGUCCACCUGUUCGAAUCAAUGACGUCCUGCUCACCCUUGUCUCUGAAUUGCACUGGCAGAAGUUCAUCAUCUUUUAUGAGAGUGACUACGACAUCCGUGGUUUGCAAACCUUUAUGGACCAGGCUUCUCGUCUAGGUCUGGAUGUGUCGUUGCAGAGGGUAGACCGGAAUGUCAGCCGAGUCUUUACUGACCUUUUCAACACGAUGCGGACUGAGGAGCUCAACAGAUACCGGGACACCCUACGGCGGGCUGUGUUGCUCAUGAGCCCUCGAGGUGCACAGGUGUUCAUCCACCAGGCUGUGGAAACCAACCUGGCAUCCAAGGACAGUCACUGGGUCUAUGCCAAUGAGGAGGUGAGUGAUGCAGACAUCAUGGAGCUGGUUCAUAGCUCUCUGGGGCGGAUGACCAUCAUUCGUCAGAUCUUCCCAUUGUGGAGGGACACCAACGUUCGCUGUAUGAGGAACAAUCAUCGCAUCUCCUCCCUGCUCUGUGACCCACAGGAGGGCUAUCUGCAGUCCCUGGAGGUGUCCAACCUCUACCUGUAUGACAGUGUGUUGAUGCUGGCCAACGCCUUCUACAGGAAACUGGAGGACAGGAAGUGGCACAGCAUGGCAAGCCUCAACUGCAUGAGGAAGUCCACUAAGCCAUGGAAUGGAGGAUGGUCCAUGUUGGAUACCAUCCAAAAGGGACGGAUCAGUGGCCUGACAGGACUGAUGGACUUCCGCGCUGAAGGCUCUAAUUCUCAUGUGCAAUUUGAGAUUCUUGGAACCAGCUACAGUGAGACGUUUGGGAAGGAUGUGAAACGGCUGGCAUCUUGGGACUCCACCCGCGGUUUGAAUGGUAGCCUAAAGGAGAAUCGGAUAGAGAGCGGUAUGCAGGGAGUGACGCUGAAGAUUGUAACAUUACUGGAAGAGCCUUUUGUGAUGGUGGCCGAAAACAUUCUGGGCCAACCCAAGAGAUACAAGGGUUUCUCGAUUGAUGUUUUGGAUGCCCUGGCCAAGAUCCUGGGCUUCAAGUAUGACAUCUACCAAGUCGGAGAUGGGAAGUAUGGCUCAGCACUCCCUAAUGGAUCCUGGAAUGGCAUGAUUGGAGAACUCAUUGGCAAGAAAGCUGACUUGGCCAUAUCAGCCAUCACCAUCACGCCAGAGCGCGAGAGUGUGGUGGAUUUCAGCAAACGCUACUUGGACUAUUCAGUGGGAAUCCUGAUGCGCAAGUCAGAGGAAAAGAUAAACAUUUUCUCUUUGCUGGCACCAUUUGACUUGGCAGUAUGGGCGUGUAUUGCCGCGGCCAUCCCUGUGGUGGGCAUCAUGAUAUUCCUGCUCAGACGCAUCCAGGCAGUGCGCUGCCACAACAACACAGGAGGCCAUCCACCGCCUUCUGUCUCCACCUCGCUUCAGAGCGCCAUCUGGAUUGUCUAUGGUGCUUUUGUACAACAAGGCAGUGACUCCAUCCUGGGGUCGGUAGCGCUGCGUAUCGUCAUGGGCAGCUGGUGGCUCUUCACCCUCAUUGUGUGUUCGUCCUACACAGCUAACCUGGCUGCCUACCUCACUGUGUCACGCAUGGACAAUGCUGUCCGGUCUUUCCAAGACCUGUCCAAGCAAGUGGACCUGGUGUAUGGAACAGUCAGGGACUCAGCUGUGUACGAGUAUUUCCAGGCCAAAGGCACCAAUCCUCUGGAGCAGGACAGCACAUUUGCUGAGCUCUGGAAGACCAUCAACAAAAACAACGGCUUUGAGCACUCUGUUUCCAGCCCAUCGGAGGGCAUCAAGAAGACAAAGCGAGAGUCAUAUGCCUUUCUGUGGGACAUGGCGGUGGUAGAAUAUGCUGCUCUGACAGACGACGACUGCACUCUGACUGUAGCAGGAAACGGCAUGAGCACCAGAGGCUACGGCAUGGCCCUGCAGCACGGCAGUCCUUACAGAGACCUCUUCUCUCAGAAGAUAUUGGAGCUUCAGGAAAAAGGUGACCUCGACAUCCUAAAGCAGAAAUGGUGGCCAAAGAAAGGCCGCUGUGACCUCCAGAGCCAUGCAGAUGCCCAGCCGGAGGGAAGGGCGCUGCGUCUCCACAGCUUUGCUGGCGUGUUCUGUAUCCUGGCUGCCGGGCUGCUGCUGGCCCUCCUGGUGGCUGCACUGGAGACCUGGUGGAACAGCAACCACUGCCGCAGAGAGCAGCCCAAAGAGGACAAAGAGGUGAACCUGGAACAGGUCCACCAGCGUUUGAACAGCCUCCUGGACGAAGACUUGGCCCACAAGCAGCUGCCAGGUCAGUCUAUCGAGAUCUCUGCCCUGGACAUUGGCAGCAUGCAGCCCAGCCAAUCCCUGGAGGUCUUGUCUGCAAGGGACUACCCAUCCCAUCGGGGGCCACCACCCCUCUCUGUGACCACCUUCCUCCAGGAGGGUCAUGGGGCAGGAAGGACACUGGGCGCAGUCGGUGGCAGGACCUUGCCCCUGCCACUCAGCAGUGCCACCAUGCCCUCUAUCCGCUGCAAACACAGGGCACCCAAUGGGGGGCUCUUCCGGCAGAGCCCAGUCAAGACACCCAUGCCAAUGUCCUACCAACCAGUGCCAGGAGGACCCAUCCCAGAAGCCAGCGAGCCCAGCCACGGGACAUCCAUCUGAGCACGCCGAACAUUCACAGACACUCGAGCUCCAAAAGAAGAGUGAAGAGCUGAACAGUGUGAAGA